CAAUUUAAACAGCGUUAAAUCGAUUUAACGCUGUAACCGUCCACACUACAAGGCACUUAAAAUCGAUUUUAAGGGGUCUUAAAAUCGAUUUCUGUACUCCAGCUAAACGAAAGGAGUAACCCUAAAAUCGAUUUUACAAAAUCGAUUUUGGGCUAGUGUGGAUGGAAAUCGAAGUUAAUGGCCUCCGGGAGGUAUCCCACAGUGCACCAGUAGCCGCUCUGGACAGGUAAAGGAACUCUACUGCUGGCCAGGUACACAGGAAAAGCCCCGGGAACUUUUGAAUUGCAUUUCCUGUUUGGCCAGCGUGGAGCUCUCAGCAGCACAGGUAACAAUGCAGUCUCCUGAGAAUAGGAAAAGAGCUCCAGCGUGGAACACACAAGAGUUAUUGGAUCUGAUAGCUGUAUGGGGAGAAGAUUCUGUGCUAUCAGAACUGCAUUCCAGUAGACGAAAUGAGAAAACUUUUGAAAAGCUUUCUAAUGCCAUGAGGCAGAGAGGCCAUAGCAGAGACUCGGUGCAGUGCAGAGUUAAAGUGAAAGAGCUCAGACAAGCGUACCAGAAGACCAAAGCAGCAAAUGGCAGAUCCGGAUCUGGCCCAAAAACAUGCCGCUUCUACGCGGAGCUUCACGCAAUUUUAGGUAACUGUGCCACGACAAGCACCCCCCUUAUCUGUGGAUUCAGAGAUGGGGGUAGUAAUCUCAGCCACUGCUGAUGAUUCUGCGGACGGCGAAGAUGUGGAGGAGGAACAGGAGGAGGACGAGAUGGCAGAGACCACACAGCACUCCAUUCUCCCCAACAGCCAGGAGCUUUUCCUCACCGUGACAGAAGUACCCUCCCAGCACUCUCAAGCCACUAGCACAGACAAUGAAGCCGUGGAAGCGACCUCUGCUGCACAUUUUUCAAGCCUCCCUACUCCAGUCCGAAGGAUAGGUCAGAUAAGGAGGCUGAGGAAGAAGAGGACACAGGAGGAGAUGUUCACAGAAAUAAUGGCAAUAACCCGCAGUGAAAGAGCUCAUCUGGGGGAGUGGAAAGAUGUGGUCGCAAAGUACAGGAAAGCUGCCAGUGAACGUGAGGACAGGAGGGACGCUCGAGAUGAGAUGUGGCGGCAGGAAGAUCAGAGGUGUAGGCAGGAAGAUCAGCGGUGGCGGGCUGCAACGCUGAAGCUGCUGCGCGAUCAGACUGACAUCCUCCGAAGUCUGCUGGAAGAGCUGCGGGGUCACAGAGUGCCAUUCCAGCCCAUGUUUAACCUCCCUCAGUACUCACCAUGUCCCAUAUCUUCCACACCCAGACGUGUAAGAAUGCGUGGGGGAAGGCUUUCUGCACCUGCCCACUCCACCCCUGUGGACAGUCCAACCAAAAGGCUGUCAUUACAUUGAAAUGCCCUUAAUGGCAUUUUUCUUCCCUCCUAUACUCCUCCCAAACCACUCCCGGGGUACCUUUUCAUUUCUUUUACUCUUCUUAUAAGGACAUGCUAUUCAAAGGCAGUGGGAGGGUGGGUUGGUUACAGAUAGUAACUUUAUUUCCAUAAGCAAGCUGUUAUGGAAGGGUGGAGAGAAGCUUGCUUGCAGCAGCAGGAGUCAAUACAUGGGGUAGGGGAGGUUCAUGAAGGGGAAAGAAACACAGCAGUCACACCGUACCCUGGCCCAUGAUGAAACUCGUUUUCAAGGCUUCUCUGAUGCGCACUGCUUCCUGGUGUGAUCUUCUAAUUGCCCUGGUGUCUGGCUGCGCGUAAUCAGUGGCCAGGUGAUUUGCCUCAGCCACCCACCCCGCCAUAAAGGUCUCCCCCUUACUCUCACAGAGAUUGUGGAGCACACAGCAAGCAGCAAUAACAAAGGGGACACUGGUUUGGCUGAGGUCUGAGCGAGUAAGUAAGCUUCUCCAGCGCACCUUAAGAUGGCCAAAUGCACAUUCUACCACCAUUCUGCAUUUGCUCAGCCUGUAGUUAAACAACUCCUGACCACUGUCCAGGCUGCCUGUGUAUGGCUUCAUGAGCCAUGGCAUCAAGGGGUAGGCUGGGUCCCCCAGGAUAACUACAGGCAUUUCAACAUCUCCAACUGUAAUUUUCUGGUCUGGGAAGUAAGUCCCUUGCUGCAGCCGUUUAAACAGAAUAGUGCUUCUGAAGACACAAGCGUCAUGAACCCUUCCUGGCCAUCCCACGUGGAUGUUGGUGAAACGUCCCUUGUGAUCCACCAGUGCUUGCAGCACCAUUGAAAAGUACCCCUUGCGGUUUAUGUACUGGGUGCCCUGGUGCUCCGGUGCCAAGAUAGGGAUAUGGGUUCCAUCUAUGGCCCCCCCACAGUUAGGGAAUCCCAUUGCAGCAAAGCCAUCCACUAUGACCUGCACGUUUCCCAGAAUCACAACCUUUCGUAGCAGCAGCUUAAUGAUUGCUUUGGCUACUUCCAGCACAGCAGCCCCCACAGUAGAUUUGUCCACUCCAAAUUGAUUCCCGACUGAC